AUGCAGCUGCAGCUGCGCAUGAUCGAGCGAUCCCGCGCCGACGGGCCCGUCGUCGUGUCCCGCGAGGCGCUCGAGCUCCUGCGGGCGCUCGCGCUGCGCCUGCUCCGCGCCCUGGAGCCCGUCAACGACCGGAGCGCCUACUUCGACGCGCGGCUCUUCGACGACUCCAUCUCGUCGCUCGACGUCGUCGCGUGGCUCGUCGCCGAUGCCGGCAACGACGCGUCGAGCGCGCAGGACGCGCACUGGGUCGGCCAGGCGCUCGUCGCGCACGGCUUCCUCCGGCGCGCGGCACGGCGCGGCCGCGACGCCUGCGCCGCGCGGGCGGCGAUGCACGCGGAGAGCGUCGCCGCGUCGCGGCUCCGGCGACGCUUCGAGCGCGCGCGCGACGCGCGCUACCGCGUCGACCGGCUCCGCGUCUGCGACCACCGCGCCCGCGUCUCCGUGCGCGGCGCGCGCCACCUGCGGAAUAUUCACCUGCUCAAGCGCGGCGGCGCGGCCUACGUGCGGGCCGUCGUCGGCGGCGCCGUGGCGUUCGAGACGACGGUCGACGGCGGCGCCGCGUUCCCGGACGCGUCGUGGGACGAGGCCUACGAGGUCGGCUGCAACCUCGGCGAGCGCGUCGAGCUCCGCGUCGUCGACCGCGACGGCGGGCUCCUCGGCGGGACCAACCUCGGCGACCUCGACCUCGGCCUCGUCGACGACCACGUCGCCGCGGCGGCGCCCGCGCGCGGCGGCGGCGCCCCGCCGCUCGCAUGCGCGCGCCUCGCGCCCGGCGGCCGCGCCCUCGCCGUCAAGCUCGGCCGCGACGCCGGCGCCGGCGAGCGCUACCUGCCGCUCACGUCGGCGACGGGCGGCCACGGCAGCGACUCGGCGACGCUCUGCGCGCACGUCGCCGUCUUCCCGCGGGGCGAUGACGGUGGCGGCGCGGCGCGCGGCGCGGCGGCGCCGGCCGGCGGCGGCGCGGCGCCGACCGCGGGCGGCGGCGCGGCGCCGACCGCGGGCGGCGGCGCGGCGGCGCCGGGCGCCGCGCGCUUCGGGGCCUGGGAGUGGGACGGGCCGCGCGAAUGGCUCGUCCGCGCGUCCGUGAUCCGCUGCGCGGACGUGCGCUACGACCUCGCGGAGACGUGGGGCCUCGCCUGGGCGCUGCGGCCGCGGCUCGUCGCCGGCGACGCCGAGGCGUGCGGCGGCCUCGCCGACAAGGACCUGGGCGUCGCUGGCGCCGCGUGGGCGUCGCAGGGCGGCGACGGCGACCUGACCGUCGCGGCGACCCUCAACCGCGCGGGCGGCCACGCGUCGCUCGUGCUCGGCGAGCGCGCGCGGAGCGACCUCAUCGAGCGCCGCGUCGCCGUCGCUGUGCUCCCGCUCGACGGGCUGCCCGUGCGCGACGGCGGCGCACCGCCGCCGCCGCCGCGGUGGAUCCACCUCGAGCGGCCCGCCUCGCGCGGCGCCGCGUCGCUCCGCGGCGCUAACGGCGCGGUCCUCGCGUCCGUCUGGCUCGAGCGACCGCGGGGCGCGGCGCCCGAGCGCGAGGCGUCCGCGGCCGCGAAGCGCCGGGACGCGGCGGACGCGCGGCGGCGGAACGCGGCGCGGGGGCGCCGCGCGGCGGCCGCGGCCGCGGCCGCCGUCGUCGGCGGCCGCGCGCUCGGCGUCGGCGGCGGCGGCGGCGGCGCGGCGGCCGCGGCCGCGGGGCUCGCGGGGCUCGCGGCGCGCGCGGCGCUCGCGGCCGCGCGGCGCGCGCCCGCGCUCGUCGCCUCGGGCGCCGCGGCCGCGCUCGUCGCCGCGGCCGCGGGCCCGCUGCUCCUCGGCGCGCUCUUCUCCUGGCUCGUGACGCGCGUCGUCGUCGCGCGGCGCGAUGCGCGCGCGCCGGCCCCGCGCGUCGAGGCCGGCGCCAUCGCGGUCCACUGCUGGGUCGGCGCGAGCCGCCGCCCCGCGGCCGCGGCCGCGCGCCGCGACCGCGGCGCGGCGUCGACGCUGCUCCGCGACGUCGCCGGGCCCGCGGUCGCGGGCUGGUACGACGCGCUCGCGCUCGCGCUCCACGUCGACAUCACCGUCCGCGACUUCCGCUUCGGCAACCCGCCCGGCUUCGAGCGCGACCACCUGCUCGACGUCCGAGCCGCCGCGUUCUGUGUGGAAACCAACCACUGGUUCGGGGGGUGCCAGCCAAGCUUCAAAGUUCUCUAA